GUCGCACCGACCGGUACAAGUAUAAUACUAUACGGUGCUCAAUAUAAAAAAAAAGUUAUACGUCAUAAACUUAUCAGAAAGCCGAGAAAUUGAUUCAUGAACAGUGAACACGCGAUAUUUCGAUUUUUAUUUGUUUACAAAUUAUAAAACCUACCCAAGUAAUUUGGAUAGUACCUAUUGUUCAACGUAGAAAAUAUUAGCGGAUAAUAACUAUUAUACAUUAUACAAUUAUUGUCGUCUCCGUCUUCAAGGAAUUAACACUGCUAACGAUAUUAUACCAGAAAUAUUGAAUCAUUUAAACAUGAGGAAAGAAAAAUAUUUCGUUAUUUUAACAUGUAUGAUUGGAAUGGCAACCUCUCAGUCCAGUAAUGGAUGCAAUACUCCAAAUUAUGAAAAUGGCGUAUGUAUCGACAUUAAGCGUUGUCCGAAGUUACUAACUCUAUUAGAAAAUCAAAGGCAAGUGCCGUCCGUUUUAGUCUUCCUUAAGAAAUCAUUUUGUGGAUUUGAAGGCAAAAGUACAAAAGUGUGUUGUCCUCUGGAAAAUAAUGUAGCACCGGUAGCACCGGUAGAAUCAACGGCGCCGGUAGCACCCGUAACAAUGGCAACAUCGGUAAAACCGAUCGCAUUGAACAACGGUGCGGCAAAAUUACCAUCGCAAACUAGGUGCGGAUUAACCAACGUCACCCGCAGUCGAAUUAUUGGAGGAGCCCCAGCAGAAUUAGGAGCUUGGCCUUGGAUGGCAGCCCUUGGCUAUCAGGGUACAAAUCGAAACAAUCGCGCUGUACAGUGGCUUUGCGGCGGCACGUUGAUAUCAAGUACACACGUGCUAACAGCUGCACAUUGCGUAUUCAAUAUUGCUGUAAAACUGACUACUGUACGAUUAGGUGAGUUGGAUUUGGAUCCUACGGUCGAAGACGGUGCGAGGCCGAUAGAUGUUCCAGUUGAUCGUAUCAUCAUACACUCGAGAUACCACCCACAAGAACUUACCAGCGACAUAGCAUUGGUGAAGUUAAAAAAUAAUGUUGCUUUUAAUGAAUUUAUACAACCCAUUUGUUUGCCAAUCACUCAAACUAUGAAAAACGUAGAUAUGUCGAGAAGUUUGCCAUUUGUUGCGGGUUGGGGUUCUACUCAACCUAACCCCAGUAUACCUCCCAGUUUUCCACCCACAACUGCUCUGAUGGAAGUUCAAGUUCCAAUGACAAGAACCGCGGAAUGUAAACAAGCAUAUUCAAAACAAACAGCUGUAAUUGAUGACAGAGUGUUAUGUGCUGGUUAUCCAGAGGGAGGAAAAGACUCAUGUCGGGGUGAUUCGGGAGGUCCAUUAAUGAUGCCAAAAGGAAAACAAUACUUUUUGAUGGGUAUAGUGUCUUACGGAUUAACAAUAUGUGGCCAACCAGGUUUCCCAGGUGUAUACACCAGAGUAUCUUCAUACACUGAUUGGAUUGUUGAGAAAAUAAACCAAAACUUAGACGCCCGAUUAAAAUAUAUAAAAUACGUYGCCCGUAGAACAAAAGAAAACCAUCAAUUCAGUUUUAUCAUGAGAAAAGAACAUUAUUUUAUUUUCAUGACAUUCAUACUCGGGAUGAAUACUGCACACCUCAACAAUGAAUGCAGUACGCCACACAAUGAAAAUGGCGUUUGUAUGGAUAUUAAGCGUUGUAAAAAGUUAAGAGAAUUACUGGAAAACCAGAGACACAUUCCGUCUGUCGUGGACUUUCUGAAGAAAUCCUUUUGUGGACACGAAACUGGAAUCACGAAAGUAUGCUGUCCUUUGGAAAAUACAUUUUUGAAUGACUCGAAACCGACUAGCGGGUCCACUGCUGGUGACAUCCUGACAUAUAAAUCAUCAAGAUUGCCAUCACAAGAAACAUGUGGAUACAGCAAUCCCAUCAACAAUCGAAUUUUCGGAGGGGGCCAAUCUAUAUUAGGUGCUUGGCCUUGGAUGGUAGCCAUGGGAUACCAAGAGGUUAAUGCUAGAAGUCAUGAAUUAUAUUGGUUAUGUGGUGGUACUUUGAUCACCARCACACAUGUAUUGACAGCAGCUCAAUGCGUGGCUAAUCGAAAGACUGUUAGGUUAACUGUGGCGCGCUUGGGGGAUUUGGAUUUGGAUUUCAACGUCAACGAUGGAGCAACGCCGUUAGAUGUUCCAAUUGAUUAUAUUAUCACGCACGAGAUGUACAACCCUCGAGAAAACACCAAUGACAUUGCAAUACUAAAAUUAAAAAAUAGUGUUUCCUAUGGUGAUUUUAUCCAACCAAUAUGCCUGCCAAUCCAAUUGGAUAUGAAAAAUGAGGAUAUGUCGAAACCUAUGCCAUUUGUUGCGGGCUGGGGUUCCACACAAGAACUGUUUUUCUCCAGCGAAACACGUAAUACUGUUUUGAUGGAAGUUCAAAUGCCAAUAAUGGACAUCUCAAAAUGUAAAGAAGCGUAUUCCGGUGGAUACAAUGUAAUUGACGACCGAGUUCUAUGCGCUGGAUACCAGGAAGGAGGAAAAGACUCUUGUGGGGGCGAUGCUGGAGGUCCUCUAAUGUGGCCAAAAGAUGGUCAUUACUAUUUAAUGGGAAUAGUUUCUUACGGAUUUAUAUCGUGCGGUGAACCAAAUCAACCGGGAGUAUACACCAGAGUUACCUCAUUCGUUGACUGGAUCAUUGAGAAAAUAAACAAUACCUAAUCGAAUUACCAACUUUAAUGAACUCUAAUUCAUAAACUCGUUUUAAAGAAACCUUUAAAGCAUAUCUAUAUAAUAUAUUGUGCGUAUAGAUUCGAUACGAUUAUACCACGUAAAUUUUAACUGUGGAAAGAUUUUUACCUAAGCUUAUUCCUAAUACAAAUUAUAUGUUUUAAUAAUUUUAAC